AUGGACGCCAAUUAUCUUUUGGAGCUCUUUAACGGGACGUUCCAGGCCGACCCCACCGUGCGGGGCCAGGCCGAGGACCAGCUCAAACAAUUGAGCCAGCACCAGCCAGGGUUCUUGGGCGCUUGUCUCGACAUCCUCACCGAGACACGAGUCCCGGCACCCAUCCGGAAAGCUGCCGCCGUAUACUUGAAGAACCGGGUGUGCAUGUACUGGAAACCCUCCGACCCGUUCUAUAAGCAGUUUGCCAUUGACCACGACGAGAAACCCAUCGUGCGGGACCGGAUUAUCGACGCCAUCAUCGGCCUGGACUACCAGACGAAGAAACAGUUGAUCCAGGUGCUCCACUGCUUAGUCCAGCACGAUUUUGAACAGUGGCCCGGGCUUACUAAGCAGACGGGAGAGUUACUUCAGGAAACUACCUUAGACAAUGAAGCGCUGGUGCUGAGGUUAUACACUGGUCUUUUAUGUUUUCUGGAGAUCUGUCGCCACUUCCGCUGGCAGUAUAAUGAUGAUCGUGAUACUCAAUUGGUCCCCAUCAUCGAGCUGGCGUUCCCCCACAUGUUAGCUCUCGGUAACGCUUUACUUGAAGUACCGCUGACGCUGAUGCUGGAGCAGCUUGCGGAGAUGCUUAAACUCAUCCUCAAGUCGUAUAAGUUUGUCACUUAUAUCGACUUCCCCGCUCCCUUGAGACAGCGGGAACAUGUGGCGGCGUGGGGCGAGUUCCACGGUAAAGUGCUUAAUUACCCUACUCCUAGCUACGUCGGCGACGUCGACGAUAAGGAGAAGCUGAUGCUUGAGAUCUCCAAGUGCUACAAGUGGUCGGUGGCCAACAUGUACCGCCUUUUCAGCCGCUACGGGCUGGUGCUGCCGCUGAAGAAGUUCAACUACCGCGAGUUCUACACGAUGUUUGCCGACGAGUUCGUGCCCCACUUGCUCAACAACUAUUUGUUGAUUGUGUCGAGCUGGUGCAAUGGCGACAGAUGGCUUUCUGACACUACCCUCUACCAAUUGCUCCAGUUCUUUAGCCAUCUGGUUGCGCAAAAGAAUACCUGGAACCAGAUGAAGCCGACCAUCGACCAGCUUGUGGGCCACGUCAUCUGGCCGCUUGUGUGUCCCAACGACUCCCAGCUUGAGAUGUUCGAGGAGGACCCGCAAGAAUACAUCCACUUAUACUUUGACUUUAACGAGCGGUCCGACCUGCCCUCGGUGGCGGCGCUUGGCUUCUUACAAACGUUAGUGAAGAAGCGUCGUUCCUACACGAUGGAGCCCAUCAUCAAGUUUGGCCACGCCCAAUUGACGGCACUUGGCGCUGAAGAUGGCGACUUGGAAAGCGCCAAGAAGAAAGAAGGGAUCUUCACUAUGUUGGGCUCAGUGUCACACGUGGUCAUCCCUCAGUACAACGCGCAAAUGGAGCAGUUUUUAUCGCAGUUGGUGUUCCCGGCAUUGACGCUGAAGUACGGCUUUUUGAAAGCCCGGGCCAUCGAAGUGGCACUGAAGUACGCUGAAGUCAACUUCACCGAUGAGAACACUCUUAAGGGCCUUUUCCACGGCAUCUUAUCCAACUUCCACGACCAGCUGGAGCUCCCCGUGUCGUUUUGCGCCACGCUUGCCAUCCAGUCGUACCUUGGCCACCCGCAAUUCACCCCGAUAUUACGCAAUAUCAUCGUCAGAGUGAUGCUGCGAUUAUUGGAAAUUUCCAACCAGAUCGAUAAUGACGUCACCCUGAUAGUGAUGCAAGAGUGUGUGGAGAACUUCAGUGAACAAUUACAAGGGUACGGUGUCGACUUGAUGCAGAAGUUAGUCGAGCAGUUCAUGAGAUUAGCGCGUGACGUUGCCGACCAACAGAAUCAGGACUUUGACGAUGCCAACUACGACGAGGCCGGCGACAAAGUGAUUGCGGCCACGGGGCUUUUAGGAACGAUGAUCACCAUUCUUUUAUCAUUCGAAAACUCUAGAGAGAUCUGUUUAAAGCUUGAAGAAGUGAUGGCUCCCGCCAUCGAGUACUGUCUUGCCAACGAACUUGACGACUUCUUGGGUGAGAUUGCUCAGUUAAUCGAGAACCUGACCUACCUUUUACAGAUGGUGUCGCCCACUACCUGGAAACACUUCCCCGGUUUGGUCAAGUGUUUCCAGUCUCGCAUUGCCUUAUUAUACCUCGACAACUUGAUCCCCUGUUUGCAUAACUACUUGGUGUAUGGCAGUGACACCAUCCGCGCCAACCCUGAGCUCGUGGCGCAGUUCUACUUGGUGUUUGCCCUGAUCGCCGCCGACGAAGACGAUCUGGAGGACGAUUUCGGCAGACAAGAUGAGUACAUCUACGCCUGUGAGCUCUCCCAGACGUUUGUGAUGAAGUUGAAGGAGGUGGCCAAGCCCUAUAUACCCCAGUUCCUCCAAGCCGUAUACCACAUCGGUCGCGGCCUCGACGAGCAAGACGACGUCUACACGCUGAUGGGAGUCAACGUCACCGACGUCAUCAUCGCCUGCUUGGUUGUCGACCCCGAGGUGACCUUGAUGCAUUUGAGUCAAGCGGGUCAAGCCGAAACCUUCUUUAGCCGGUGGUUCAAGGUGAUCCCGAAAUUACAGCGUGUGUUCGACUUGAAGUUAACGGCAUUGGGGCUCGUGACAUUAUACAACUCGUCGCUGAGUUUACCUAAACCCAUCGUGGAUCAACUAGGUACCCAUUUGGCCACUGUGGUCAAAGCGUUGCCCGCUGCCAUCACCAAUUUGGAGAAGCGGAAACAGGAGUUUGACGCCUACGACAUGGGUGACGCCAACUACAAGUUCACCGCCGAGGACUGGAGCGAGCACGAGUGGGACGAGCUGAUUGACGACGCUGGCGAUGCCACUGAGGGCGCCGCCGACGUCAAUUUCAGCGAGUUUUUGGCCAGCGAGGAGAUUAAACUGCUGGGCUUCUUCGACAAGGCCCACGAGGAGCCCAUCGAGGACCCGUUGGCGAGCCUGGCAUUGGAUGACGUCGACGUGGUGGCGGUGGUGCGCGAUUUUAUCCAGCUGGAGACCGGCCAACAGGCGUUGGCGCUGAUGAGCGACGCCGACCGGCUGGCGUUGUUAGCAUAG